GUUUUGUCGUCGUUUGGUAAAUUAAAAUAAUUUUAAAAAAUGACGAAUUCUAAAGGUUAUAGGAGGGGAACCAGAGAUUUAUUCUCUAGAAAAUUUAAAAAACAUGGAACUAUCCCGUUGGCUACUUAUAUGAAAGUAUAUAAAGUUGGAGACAUAGUCGACAUUAAGGGAAAUGGAUGCGUUCAAAAAGGUAUGCCCUAUAAAGCAUAUCACGGUAAAACAGGUCGUGUCUAUAAUGUUAAUCCUCACGCUCUUGGAGUAAUUGUUAAUAAAAGAGUUAGAGAAAGAAUUAUUGCUAAGAGAAUUAAUGUUAGAGUGGAACAUGUUAAACACUCAAAAUGCAGAGAAGAUUUUUUAAGAAGAGUUCAUGAAAAUGAAAGAUUAAAAAAGAAAUACAAAAACAAACGCGUUCAUGUUUGUUUGAAAAGGAAGCCUGCUCCACCCAGACCAGCACAUGUAGUUCAAGCGAAGGAAAAACCAAUUUUACUGGCACCUAUUCCUUAUGAAUUCAUUGCUUAAAGUAAUAAUAAACUGCUACAUUAAUUA